CGGUUAAACAAAGCGCAUAAAAUGUGAAAUAGAAAAAAAUAAAUAUUUAAGCCGCAUAUAACAUUGCAGGAAAGAUUAAAGUGAAAACCCUUCAAAUAAAAUAUUGCAUACUUUAAAGCAAAAAUACAAAGAGCGUAAAAAUUAUUCGGAAUAAAAAUAUGGAAAGAUUGUUUAGUUUAAAAAUAGUGUAAAAGGAAUAAAAAAGUGAAUUUAGGUUGUAGCCUUAAUAAUGAAAAUUUUGUGUACUGUCUGACACAGCUCACCAAAUACAUGGACGUGACACGACACCCAAGUGAACAAGGACGUGCUUUAUAUUUGCUUUAAUUUGAGGCUAGAACUCAAUGUGUGUAAUUGGAAACCAAAAAUAUAUAGUCCUCUAACUUUUAACGAAAUGAAAACUUGCAAAUGAAAUUAUAGCCGUGCAUGCAACAAUUGGAAUAUCUAAACCACGUAAAUAUUUGCAGUAAAUUAACAAACAAACAACUACAAAACCAAAAAUGACAACAAAUAAUGACCACAAUUUGUGGAAAAUGAUUUUUAUUAGAAGCACAACAAAGGCAAAGAGCUUGCAAUACAUUUUAAACAAAAUGCCGUGAAAAAAAACCUGUGGUAAUCCUAAACCAACAAACAUAAUACAACAAAAUUAAAAGAUCUAUUGUUUCAAGAAUUAACGGGUGAAGAGCUGUGAACGAGCUUUUAAAGUUGAUAUCCUCACUAACUCCCCAUCCACCACCACCAGAUAGCACCAACAUCAACAAUAGACUAAUCAUGUCUGAAAAUGUGGAUAUGGAACUGUUGGUGAAUUGCACCGUUUUGGCUGUGAAACGUUUUGACCUUGUCUCAAUUGUUAACAUAAGUCUGCUGCAUACACUUAAUCGAUCGGAGAUCAUUGGCCUACUGUCUGGCAUUAUUGACAACAAGGACAAUUUGGAUAGCAUUGACGAUGCCAAAGAUUUUCUAACAGAGUGUCUAUUUCCAUCGCCCACACGACCUUAUGAACUACCAUGGGAACAGAAGACUAUCUGGGCUUUGGUCUUUGGUUUCAUGCUGUUUGUGGCGAUUGCGGGCAAUUGCAUUGUGCUGUGGAUAGUAACAGGUCACCGCAGUAUGAGAACGGCCACAAAUUUCUUUCUGCUGAAUCUGAGCAUUGCCGAUUUGCUCAUGUCAUCCCUGAAUUGUAUUUUCAAUUUCAUAUUCAUGUUGAAUUCUGACUGGCCAUUUGGCACAAUUUAUUGCACCAUCAAUAAUUUUAUGGCAAAUGUAACGGUGUCGACAUCGGUAUUCACCCUGGUGGCCAUAUCCUUCGAUAGAUAUAUUGCCAUUGUGCAUCCUCUGAAGCGGAGGACAUCGAGGCGUAAAGUGCGCAUCAUUCUAGCGUUAAUAUGGAUCUUGAGCUGUAUCCUGUCGGCGCCAUGUCUCUUAUAUUCCAACACCAUGACAAAAAGGACAUCAGUAAGCAAACAAAAUAUAAAUGUAAGCUUUGUGGCAGAGUUAUGCUGUGUGGGCAUUUUCCAAGAACAUUAUAAGACUGCUGGUAAACUCGAAGGAAUGAAGCAUGCCUUCACUUACAACAUCAUCAUAUUGGUUAUCACCUAUGGCAUACCGAUGGUGGUCAUGUUAAUUUGCUACACUCUUAUGGGUCGUGUUUUAUGGGGUAGCCGUUCCAUAGGCGAGACAACGGAGCGCCAAAUGGAAUCGAUGAAAUCGAAACGUAAAGUUGUGCGAAUGUUUAUUGCCAUCGUAUCGAUAUUCGCAAUAUGCUGGCUCCCAUAUCAUCUCUUUUUCAUAUACGCCUAUCACAAUAACCAGGUGACUUCUGCGAAAUAUGUGCAGCACAUGUAUUUGGGCUUCUAUUGGCUGGCCAUGUCCAAUGCCAUGGUGAAUCCAAUUAUAUACUACUGGAUGAACAAAAGGUUCCGUUUGUAUUUUCAAAAGGCGAUUUGCUGUUUUUGCUUCAACGCUGGUGCCAUACAAAUUAAUUCACCAAGGAGUCGCAUGACAAUGAACAAAAACAGCUCCAAUCAUCAUAGUUCGAAAAGAAAAGUUGAAGCAAAACCCUACUGGAAACGCAGCACUAUCGAGACGCAAAUUCAAAUACCGAACUCAUCGUUGCAGGAGAAGUACGGAGCAGCAGAUCAUACGGCUAAUACUUGUCACAUGUUACACCGCAACAGCAUUCUGGGCAUGGAAAAACCUGCAACGUCCAUUGAAGACUCUCCCAUUUGUAUAUCGGUGCACAAUGGGCUGGAGCGAAAAAAAUUGCAGAUCAAAUAUAUAUCAUGUGAUGAGGACAAUAAUCCUAUAGAGUCAUAAAUUAACCCUCUGUAUAUGUAACUGCAUCCGAUCUGUAUAUAGCGAUAAGGAGUUUUAAAUUUAGUCCCUAAGCUAGACAAAAGUGCUGAAGGCAAAUGUUUUCCAUUAAGUGGGCAAGAAAGAAAUGAACUUGUAAUGAAAUUACAUCGAAUAUUUUCUACACAACAUAUUGUUAGAAUUAUGUACAUAUAUUAAAAUGAAAUCAGGAAGUAACAAAAUAAAGAAAUCUGUGCAGCUGUAAUUGAUGGUUUCCUGAGGAACUGAAUAUUUUAAGUAUUGAAAUAAGGAACUUUUGCUGAGAUUUUAACUAGAUCUUAAAAUGACAAAGGUUUUCAUUUGAGAUACCCAUAUAGAAACAUACAAACAAGGACAAAAAAAAGGAUUUCUAUUGAAAUGCUAAAGCUUUAAUUGAUUAUGGAAAAUUUGCAAACAAUUUCCAUUCCACAUAUGUUCCUCUUAUUGUACAUUAUUUGGUAGUCUUUCUGUACGAUCACCUUGCGGGGGGAUUGAUGGAUGUAUGUAUGUGUAUAUAUAUUUGAAUAUGUUGUAAUUAGUUUUCUAUAUAAACAUUGUCAACAUUUACAUUUUUUCAGAAAUAUUUAAUUUAAAGGAUUCAAUUUGAGUGAACUUUUGUAGUAGGAUUACUAUUCUGUAGUCUAUGUUGUCAUACUGUGAGUCUCCAUUU